GGAAGGUCAUGACACAAGCCUGCUUGGGGCCUUGAAGAUACCCAAGACUAUGGAGAGCCGCAACAUGAAGAUCCAGGGAACCACCUUGCUGCUCCUGCUCUUCCUCCUGUGCUCCUUUGCCGUGGCCAAGCAAGACGUGCCAGACUGUUGCCGUCAAAAGAGCUGCUCAUGUCGCAUCUUCGAGCUGCUCCAUGGUGUGGGGAACCACGCUGCUGGCAUCCUCACCCUUGGCAAGCGGAGCAGCGCCAUGGCCAGCAAGACUUUCCAGAGCCGGCUCUACCGCCUCUUGCAUGGCUCAGAGAACCAGGCUGCUGGGAUCCUCACCAUGGGCAAGCGGGCGAGUGAGUUGGCACCGGAGGACAGGGAGGAUGUGCCCAGCAGCACCCAGCUAACACCAGCGCCAUACAGUGUGGAGCCUGAUCCUGCCGCCGGCUGCCUGGCACCCCUUCAGAAGGACUUGCCAUCUGGCUGGAAGAUUGGUGCUGCUGCUGCCGCUUACUAAGGUGUGGAUGUCCAAGUAGAGAAAACAUUUCAAAGGGACUGUAUGAGCCCCUUCUACUUUCUAUCAUCACCACUAUUGGUUAUUAUUUAAUGCCAGGCAGGUGCUGGGUGCUGUACCGGAGGUGGCAGUGAUGUAAUCCCUCCUGUUGUGUAAAUAGCUCUUUUCAAACAUCUGUCACCUCAUCCUCUGGUGUGUUUUU